AGGAAGCCUCACUACAAGUCUCGCAAAGGAUGCCUAGCGUGCAAGAAGAGACAUGUCAAGUGCAAUGAAUCACGACCGAAAUGCUCUCAUUGCGCACGACUGGAGAUUGAAUGUGUCUGGCCUGAGAGUCCUGCCAAUGCGUUGCCGUCGCCGCAUUCGCCGGGACAGUUUCAGUCGCAUUCGCCAGCGUCGUCGGUCGAUCAACAGAGGCCUGCCGCUGGUCGACCACCGGAAUUAGCUGUGGACGAUAUGAAGUUAUUGCAUUUCUGGACGGUCAAUACGGCGACGUCGAUGAACUACGCAAGUCACCUCUGGCAGAUCGUCAUCGUCGACAUGGCCUUCCAUCACCACUUCCUCCUCCAUGGAAUCCUCGCCGUUGCAGCCAUCCACAAAGCUACCAUCUUUCCGGCCGAGCGCGAAACUCUCAUCACGCAGUCCUCAUCCCACAUCGGUAUUGCUAUCGCAUCCUUUCGUCAUCUGCUGGCAACACCUGUUCCAGCUACAUGUGUACCGGUGUUCCUCAUGGCCGGACUCCUCUCCAUCCACAGCCUAGGUCUCGCCCAGCUACGCACCCCCACCGACGCCGUGGGCGAGAUCUACACCUGGAUGCGACUUGUUAAAGGAACCCAAUCCACCAUCCAACAAAAUUGGCAGCGACUCCAAGCCUCCGAGAUCGCACCUCUUCUCUCCCGCGGACGCGCCGGGCUGGUCCUAACAGAAGUCGAAGAAGUCAACCACCUCAAAUCGCUGGUCCAAGACGAAGUCCAUUUGACCGUCUCCGAGCGACAAACGUAUUUUGAUGCCAUCAAUCAACUCCAGACCGUCUUCGGCAAUGUGUUGUAUUCGAAAGGUGACGAGAUCCAGGCUUCGGCGAUGGUGAGUAGCUGGGUCGCUUUGGUGCCGCCUGAGUACCACGAGCUGCUUGCGAGUCGGGAACCUGUUGCUCUUGUCAUCAUCGCCUACUUUGCUGUGCUGUUCCGAGAACAGCAGCAUGUUUGCUGGUGGUUUCGCAAGUGGGACGUCUGGAUCUUGGAGUCCGUUCGAGCGCAACUACCAACGGCGUAUGAGAGGUGGCUGGAAUGGCCGACGGCUCAGAUUGGG